AUGAUUGGGAACUCCAUCAUCAUCACCUUGGUAUGCAUUGACUACCGCCUGCAGUCACCCAUGUAUUUCUUCCUUUGCAAUCUGUUCCUCAUUGAAAUCCCCAUGAUUAUGACUGUGGUCCCAAAAAUGCUGGAGAACUUCCUAUCAGGGAGGAAUACCAUCUCCUUUUAUGGCUGCCUGGGUCAGUCCUACUUCUAUUUCCUGCUGGGCAUUUCACAGUAUGUCUUGUUGGUCACAAUGUCCUACGAUCAAUAUGUGGCCAUAUGUUACCCACUGAACUACAGCACCAUCAUGAAUAGAAAGGUCUGCGUCUGGCUUGUGGUGGGAUCAUGGAUGGAGGGAUUCUUCUCCAUCUUGGUCCCUACCGUGAUCAAACUUGGAUUGCCCUACUGUGGCCCCAACAUCAUCAACCAUUUCUUCUGCUACCGCACGCCCUUGUUAUACCUCACCUGUGCCGACAUCUGGCUGGUGGAAUUCAUCAAAUUCAUCAUCUCGCUGCCUGUGUUGCUAGGCUCCGUGAUGCUGAUGGUCAUCUCCUACGUGUAUAUUAUCUGCACCAUCAUCUGUAUCCCAUCCACCAAGGGACGCAAGAAGGCUUUCUCCACCUGCUCCUCCCACUUCAUCAUCAUCACCAUGGGCUACGGCAGCUGCAUCUUCAUGUAUGUCCGGCCUUCGGGCAGCGACACCUCGCUCAACAAGCUGGUGGCCCUGCUCAACACAGUGGUGACCCCUCUCAUGAGCCCCUUCAUCUUCAGCAUGAGGAACCAGCAGAUAAAAGAUUCCCUGAGGGCUGCCUUGAAGAGAAGCAUGAACUUCUCAAGGAAGCAUAUUAACUUCUGA